GGAGUCAUUUUAAAAAAAACGCCCAAAUCUCAAUCCUACUUUUGUAUGUUCACCGUGACCCCAAAACGAGAAGAAAAAGUUAAAAAAAAACUCCAAGCAAUGUAACCCCUGGCUUAUUCCCCGCGUCAAGACCUAUAACUAAUGUAUGCGAGAUAAGAUAUAUGUAUGUAUAUAUAAAAAAAAGCUGGAAAGUUCUUUUCGCAGCAAAAAAAAGCAAAGCAAAGCAAAGCAAGCAAACCACGCUCUCGCUCGACAUAAAAAGAGACAAAGACGAAAAGUUGCAAAAAAAAGAAAGGCGUCGUCCAAGGGAAAGAAAAGAAAGAGGAGCUCAGCAGUGGUAUCACGCGCAACAAAACAACGAAACUCGUCAGAGAAGAAGAAAAAACAAACAAACUCAGAACGCUCAAGGUCAACGCGGGGUAAGAAAGAGAAAGAAGAAGGUAACGACCAAUCUUAGCUCAAGC